UGGGGCGCCACUGUGCAAAAUUAAUUUUUCAUGAAAAAAAAAAAGAAAAAAAUGUCGAAAACAGUGAAUACGCCUUUAACCGUAUCUGGCAUAAUUCUUAACUAAUUUUGAUGAACAACAAUUAUCAAUAUAAUUUAGUAUGAUUUUAUACAGUUGAAAUUCAAUUGUUAUAGGUUGUGUGAAAUUGUUAUUCAAAGCUUGGUGACGAUUAUAGUCGACGUUGACAUUAAAAGAGGUUAAAUCAGUAAGGAAAAAAAAAGAAAAAAAAGGAAGUGUAAAAAAAUUCAUGGAGCAUAAGAAUUUGAAGAAACGACGAACUGUAAAUGAAAACGAACAAAUUGAUUCGGAUAGUUGUGAUGAAAAUGAAUUAGCUACAAAUGUAGAACAAUCCCCGAAGAAAAAGUUACGAAAUGUAUUGAGUACUUCAGAAUCUGAAGAAACAUAUGACGACAUUAUAGAUUUAUGCUUACUCAAUGCUUAUUGUUUAUACAAAUCUAAAACCCAUAAAAUGAUAUCUAUGGAAAAGUUUCAUUUAAAAUUGUCCAAUCAAAUACAAAAGAAAUAUAUGAAAUCUACAGACUGUAGUGAUAUUAAUUCGUUAAGACUAAUAGGAAGACACUUUCCAAGUCAGUAUACAUCAUUAGGAAAAAAUAAACUACGAAGAUGCGUUGUUUGCAGUAAAAAUGAUAAAAGACGUGAAUCUCGUUAUCAGUGUGAAGAAUGUGAUGUUGGAUUGUGUGUUGUUCCUUGUUUUCAAAUAUUUCAUACGAAAAAAUAGUUUCUUGUAUAAAUAUAAUAAACAUUGAUAAAAUAGUA